CCGCGCGCGUCCCCACGCGAGGACAGCUUCGCGGCGCUGCUGCGCCAGAAGCAGCAGCAGGCGCUCGCCGCGGCGCGCGCGCGGCGCUCGCGCGGCGCCGGCGCCGGCGGCGGCGACGCUGGCGACGGCAGGGACGCGUGUGACGCGGCGUCCACUGAGGGCCGGGGGCCGCCAUCUGACCUGGCGGACAGUGCCACUGAGCUGGAGAACGGCCGUGCGGGGGACGGCCUCGGAUCGUGA